AUGGAGAAGAAAGAAGAAAGACAGAAGAAGAAGAAAGAAAGAAGAAAGGGAAGAAGAAGGAAGAAAGAAGAGAAGGAAGAGAGGGAGGCAAGGCAUAAGAAGGAAAGAGAACAGAAGAAGGGUCAGAAUGAAACUCCAGAAGAAAGGGCAGAGAGGCAUAGAAGAGAGGGAAGAGAAACACCUCAGGAGAAGACAGACAGGCUGAAGAAAGAGAAAAAAGAACAAGGUCGCUCUUGGCUCAGUCCAUCCAUGCUAUUGGGUCUGUUGGUGUUAUUAGCACUCAUGGGCUUUGCAGGGAGGACUCAUAUUCCCCAAGGCAUGCCUGGCUGGAAUUGGAGGACACCCAAUCUCUUUCACAAACCUAGUGGUAUCAUUGGAGGUAGUUUGUUAGGUGAAGGUGGUGGUUUACUGGGAAAACCCAGGUCCUUUGUCAAAGGUAGUCCUAAAGUCAUACCAUCUAGAUCUAAGUGGAAAGUGAAUGAACCUGCUCCUCAUAUCCAUAUAAACAAUGUGAACUCUCAGGGUAAUGGUAAUCCAAUUUCAUUUGGUGUAGAACCUGUAGUGGUGGAAGAAGUCCUGGAUGAACCUGUCAUUGUAAAAGAGAAGAUUUGGGAACCAAUUAGUUUUCAAUUUACUGGACCAACCAAUCCAAAUAGAUUGCUCAAUAUGCUCUUUGCAGCCUUGAUUGUUAGCCUACCAUUAAUCCUGGAUUGGAUUAGGGAUUAUCCAGAAAUCAAAUAUGAUCAACCGGAUUAUAUCUCUUCAUCUAUUCAACUUUUAAUUUCGGCUGGCUUGAUCCUUUUUGGAUUGCUCAUUGCAGAUUGGCAUUUUGGUUGGUCUACCACCAUGGCACCUUAUGCAGAAGUAUCGGUGGACAGUGUCCAAAGUGGUUUGACACCUGUAUUGGUAGGUGCUGUAGAAACUACGGAACAAUUAGUAUGGGGAUUGGAAGAUGUGCUGUUUGGUGACAGUAGGGUACUAUUGGGAAUGGGUUUAGCGGCACUGGGUGUUUUCUUUUUAGCGCAGAGAGAACCAAACUUGGAUAUACCAUCGACAGACUUCUCGAAUUAUACUACUCAGGCUCUUGUAUUUCUAGGUGCACUCUUGGUUGGUAUGUUGCUCUGGAACGCUUAA